CUCUUCCGUUGAGUCUCUUCUGCAGACUGCACAGAUCUCUUAAAAACGCGGAACCACACCCGGUGCUGACGCCAUGACCCAACCGAGAGUUCUCGUUAUAGCCGGCUCAGACAGCUCCGGCGGAGCUGGUCUUGAGGCGGAUCAGAAGGUCAUUGCGGCCCAUGGCUGCUAUGCCAUGACCGCAACGGCUGCCCUCACUGCCCAAAAUACAAGAGGAGUGUACGAUAUUCACCAUGUGCCCGCUGAGUUCCUGCGGAAGCAGAUCGAUGCAUGCCUGGACGACAUUGGCGCUGAUGUCGUCAAGACUGGUAUGCUGGCUUCGGCGGCCACCAUUGGCACUGUGGCCAAAGCUCUAGCAGACCACAAGGUCAAGGCUCUCGUCGUCGAUCCCGUGAUGGUUGCGACAGCGGGCGCAAAAUUGCUCCCGCCCGACGCCGUCCGCGAGCUGCGGGACAGCCUCCUGCCGCUGACCACGGUCCUGACGCCGAACAUCCCGGAGGCAAAUCUCAUUCUGGCCGAUGCUGGCCUCGGAGAGCGGCCCGUGGAAAGCGUGGUCGAUCUCGAGGUCAUCGCAAGGGCUGUUCACGCCCUUGGACCCCUAUGGGUCCUGGUUAAGGGAGGACACUGUCCGUUCAGGAAGGACGGCGUUGCAGCGAAGACCGACGCCGAGAAGGAGAUCGUCGUGGACGUUCUGUGUGGCGCGAACGAGAUCAUCAGGGUCGAGACUCCCUACCAUGACUCGAAGAAUACGCAUGGAACUGGCUGCUCAUUGGCAUCCGCAAUUGCAUCAAACCUCGCCAAAGGUAUGAGCGUUCCGCAGUCCGUGAAGGCUGCCUGUCGAUACGUUGAGGCUGCGAUCAAGACGGCGCCGGGCCUUGGGAGUGGGAAUGGACCCCUGAACCAUUUCCAUUCCACAUUCACUUUGCCGUUUGCCCCAGGCCAUUUCAUCCACUAUCUCCUCGAAAGACCAGAUGUGUCCGAGGUGUGGCAUCGGUUCGUAAACCACCCCUUUGUGAUAGCUAUGGGGAACGGGACGCUGCCGUUGAGCUCGUUCAAGGGGUACCUGGUCCAGGAUUACCUGUACCUUGUGCACUUCGCCAGGGCCAACGCCUUGGCGUCCUACAAGGCUACGAACAUUGAUGACAUCGCUGCUGCCGCCCGGAUAGUCACCCAUAUCUUCACCGAGAUGAAUCUGCAUAUUGGUUACUGCCAGGGAUUCGGUAUUUCCAAGGCUGAGAUGGAGAACACCGAGGAGAAUUCAGCUUGCACGGCGUACACGCGGUACGUCUUGGAUAUCGGCCAGUCGCAAGAUUGGAUCGGGCUUCAGGUCGCCCUGGCCCCGUGUCUUCUCGGAUACGGCGUCAUCGGCAGGCAGCUGCACGACAGCGUCGACUCCAGGAGGGAUGACACGAACCCGUACUGGACCUGGAUCAAGAAUUACGUUGCAGAGGACUACGUCACCGCCGUCAGGACGGGAUCCGAGCUCUUGGAACGGCACGCCGCCUUGCAGUCCCCAACACGGAUAGAGGAGCUGGCGAAGAUCUUCAUCCACGCCACCAAGAUGGAGAUAGCGUUCUGGGAGAUGUACAGUAGUAGCUGAUUCGGUUUGGAUACUCCUAGGGUAAGGAUGGGGGGCGAGGGCAGUGGAUAUUCCCAUAGGCGGACUACCCAGUCUGGUGGAAUAAAAGCAUUUACACAUAAGUACAUACCUAGGUACCUCGGUGAUAGAAACAAAACUAGGUACCUACCUACCUACUUAAAUAGAAAAUGGUAAACUUG